AUGUCGUCGUUUUUGUCAACAUCUCCCUCCGUGGAUCAGUUAAUUAAGCAAGUUUAUUCUCAAGUACAUUAUGCUUUAAAUUAUGAAGAGAAAAUUAACUCAUCCAAUCCAAGCUCCGAUCAACUCUAUGAAGCACUUUCAAACUAUGGAAAGGCAAUCCAAUUAAUAGGAAGCAUGCUACAAUCCAAAGAUGUUCUGAAUGGACUAUUUAAUUCCAACUAUGUGGAUCGGUUGAAAAUGAUCUAUGAAAAGUGUUCGGAGAGAACCAUACUACUCUUACAACACCAUCGAUUGAAUUCAAACAUCAUCAUCACUCCCGAUUCAAUAGCAAAUAAUUCUUCCAUUCCAACAACACUUUCAAGCUCUCCGAAAAAGAAACCUUUCUAUGAUUGGAUAAAUAAUGCAAAGAGUAUGUUGGUUUUAGGAGGAGAAACUAAUUCAGCAUCAUCCAUCGCAAACAUGCAACAAGCAAGCGAAGGGGUGUCUACCAGCCAAGUGCCAAUAGAAAGAUUAAACGAACAAUUUAAUAUAACAAAAGCUAAAUUGAUGAAGUUGGAUGCAGAACAAAGCGAGCUCAUGAGACGAAUUAAUGAUCAUUCACAACAACAAAGUGGAGAGAAUUAUUUGAAAAUGAAGAGAAAGUUGCAAGAAAAAACAAGAAUGAAGGAACAAACAGAAAAAGAGCUUAUUGAAAUUGAUCAACAAAGGGCACAUUUCUAUAAUAGAGAAUUAGAGCUUGCAAAUACGCUCCAUAAGAAAGUGGAUGUCAUCGAAAAUUAUAUUGAAAACAACAUGUACGAUUCAAGUAGAGGUAUGAAUGAUGUAGAAUCUUUUACAGACGUAGGACCGAACGCCCUUCUUGAAAGUAAGGGCUAUGAUGCCAUGUGGCUGCAAUUCAUUCAUGACAAUUUUCAUGCAUCUUCUCUUUCUCAAGAAGCACAAGAUUAUGAACAAAAAUGGCUUAAUCAAUUGAAUAUUAUCAAUCAAAGUCAAGAUCUCUAUUACUUUAUUCUUGGAUAUAUCAUAAAUGUUCAAGAUCAUCCAAUUUCUAAUCUCAUUGAAAAAUUUGCGCUCAAGUUUAAAAGUGAUUUUUCCUUUGAUGAAGAGUACACACCAACCAUUACAUCAGAUUUUGCUGUCUUGUAUGUGAAGGAAUUUUGUGCAAAUUUUACAACACUGUUAGUGGAUUCUUAUUGGAAACAUUCUUUAGUGUUGUCCAAGAAUAGAAACUAUCUGUAUAGCUCAAUUUUUCAAACAACACUCAUCAAAAUUGAAAAGGAAAUUAUGACAUUGUAUAUGAGCAAGAACGAAUCAAAAUUAAUCGAAGAACGAUUAUCUCAAUAUCGAUCAGUUUCACUUCUAGAUUUGGGAACAGAUCCACAGCUUUGUUGUGAAAUUCUUUAUCAACCCAUCAUUACUCGCCUCAAGGAGUUCAACAAGACUCAAUUACUGGGAGAGAAAAUUAAGCUCGCAAAGGACGUUUUUUCGAGUGUCGUGGAGAUUGCAACCAAGCAUACCAACAUUCCAUACCAAGAUUUUGAGCACAAGCUUAUCCCUGUUUUUAUUUACAUUAUUGUGAAAGCCAAUGUUCCCACCAUUUAUGCUAUCUUUGACUUUAUGAUCGAUUUUGCACAUAAUGCAAACAACAGCACAAUUUUCCCCUUUGAUAGCACCUACUGGGAUGCAGUUUCAAUUCUGAAAUCUGCCAUGCUCCAAAUUUUAACGCUUUUGCCAAAUAAUUCAAGUGGUCACAUAACAAGUUCAGUGCAAAACGAUCAGAUCUAUAGUCUAGAUGCCGAUAUAGAGCAAGAAUUUGAAAUGUUAUCUAAUGAUAAGCCACGAACAUCUCUAGAAAAACAUUCUGCCAAUGAUACGACACCGAAAACAAAUCUUUUAGAUAGAUAUAAGAAAUUAAUGAAAAAGUAA